AUGGGGGAGGUCCCGGUGGGCUCCAGAGGGAGCAUCGGACCACCGGGCAGCGCCUCCCGGCUCGUGAGGCCUCAUCUAAGUUUUCAGGCUGCUGCCAGAAUCAUGUCUGUGCCGAAGUUUGAUGCUUUAAAAGUCAUGCGAGACCUCAGUCAGAACUUUCCCAGUAAAGCAAGAUCACUGACAAGAGUGGCUGUAAAGAAGGAAAUGAGAAAAGAAAUUGAGGAGAACCAAAAGCAUCUCGGUGAGACAGUCGGUGUUCACCCGGGGGACGGAGAGCUAUUUAUCAAUGGAUUGCACAUUGAUCUAGACAUUCACAACCCUUUCAGCCUUUUGGAGAUCCUCAGAACAGAAGCCAGGGUCUUGGAGGGGCUUCAAAACUUAGGCAUCAAAGGAGAACAUCAGGGCAAAUUGCUGAGGUUACCAGUGAACAGCGUAGAUGACAACUACGCCUUAGACAUUAGACAUCCAGCUAUAAUGUGGAUGAAUGACAUUGAAAAUGACCCGAUGUACCGGAGCUGGCCAGCAAGCAUGCAGGAGCUUCUCAGAGCCACCUUUCCUGGAGUCAUCCGGCAGAUCAGACGCAAUUUCUUCAACCUGGUGCUGUGUCUAGAUCCACUGCAGGAAGAAACUGUGGAGCUGGUGAAGCUAGCAGAACUUUUCUACAGGCAUAAAAUCCCCUUGAGAAUUGGAUUUGUGUUUGUUGUCAACACCAAAGAUGAGAUUGAUGGCCUCUCAGAUGCUGGAGUUGGAUUUUACAGACUGCUGAAUUACAUUGCAGACGAGUAUGAUUUAUCCCAGGCUGUGAUGUCUAUAGUCUCUCUGUACAGUAAAUUAGAUGUGGGGGAGAUGCUGUCUGCUGGUACAAUCACUGCUUACUUAAAGAAAAAAUACCCAAAAGCCAAUGCUGAGAGGAUUUUAGGAGUCAACUCUGAGUAUGAUUAUAAAAGAAAGGACGGUUCCUCCUUCUACAAAAAGAGUGGCCUGGGUGCCCUGCCUCUGGCUUUAUUUAAUGGAGUUCCUCUAAACCCAGACGAGAUGGACCCAGAGGAUUUGGAAACCAUAAUCCUGCAGCGCAUAAUGGACACUACCACUGCCUUUCAGAGAGCUGCCUUCAUGACAUGA